AAGGGGCCGAGAGAGAGCGAGACAGACAGACAGACAGACAGACAGAGCGUGAGACAGACAGACAGACAGACAGACAGAGAGUAACCACGCGCGGACAGGUGAGCGCAGUGCGCGCGGACGCUGGACGUGCAUGCGUGUGAAGGUGACGGAGUGGGUUGCUACCGGAAGUAAGCGCGCGCCGGUCAGGUGGGACGCAGCGGAACCGCUCAGGUGGCACACACACAGGUGAGAGCAGUGAGACAGACAUACAGACAGAGUGGCAAAACUGAGUGUUUAUGGGAUUUAGGUGGCGAUGUCUCCUGGAGAGGAUGGUCUGAUCGGAAUCCCAUUCCCUGAGCACAGCAAUGAGCUGUUGUCCCGCCUCAAUGCUCAGCGCCGCUCCGGCCUGCUCUGCGACCUCACACUGACCUCCCGUGGUGCUCGCUACCCCACACACCGCGCUGUCAUGGCCGCCGUCAGCCUGUAUUUCCGACGGCUGUUCGGGGCGGAGGAAGUGGGUGAGGCUGGUGAGGUGAGUGAGGGCUGCAGCGUGUGCCAGCUGGACUGCGUGUCCCCAGACGCUUUGGACGCUCUGCUAGAGUUUGCCUAUACAGCUACGUUAACCAUUCGCUCGUCUGGCAUGCGCGAGGUCCUCGAGGGAGCGCAGCUGCUCGGCAUCCAGUGUGUGGCUGAUGCCUGCCGCCACAUCUUGGGCGAGGUGGGGGAAAGUGGUGAGCUGGGCGGGGAGGGUGGCGAACCAGGCGGGGGGGGUGAGUUGGCUGUGGCCAACAAGGAAAAGGCAAGUCAGGUUGAGAACGAGCAAAAGACACCAUCACGCAGGAAACAAGACCGUCGCAACGUAGAAAAGGCAUCACCUGUACGUCUGGCAUGGAACGCACAAUCCCAGGAGGACAAGCCCAAAUGUGAAGCUCCACCCACCCCUGAGCACAAACUCCGCCCACCACAGAAUGGAGCUUCACAAAGUGCUCAGCAGGUGGCGCUCAUGAACGGAGGAGUGCACUGGGAUGCACAGCCAGCUAAAGAGGAGGAGUCAAAACCCGAGGAGCUCACACCUCCUCUGAACCACGCCCCCUCUCAGGCUGAAACAGUGGGAGGAGCAGUAGAGGGUGUAGCCAGGAAGAGAAAGUCUCAGGCUCCUCAGCAGUGUCCUGUCUGCCAGAAGAUCAUCCAUGGGGCGGGAAAGCUUCCACGUCACAUGAGGACACACACGGGCGAGAAACCGUUCCAGUGUAUGACGUGCGGCGUGCGCUUCACGCGGAAUGAUAAGCUCAAGAUCCACAUGCGCAAGCACACGGGCGAGCGGCCGUACUCCUGCCCCAGCUGCCCCGCCCGCUUCCUGCACUCCUAUGAUCUGAAAAACCACCUGUCCCUGCACAGUGGGGUGCGGCCCUUCGAGUGCCCGCUCUGCCACAAAGCCUUCGCCCGUGAGGACCACCUGCAGCGCCACCGCAAGGGCCUUGCCUGCCUUGAGCUUCGCCCACGUCUGGAGCUCCGCCCACGCCGCCCUCGCCACGCUGCCUCUCCGCACUCUCCGCUGUCGCCAGCGUCGUUAUCUCCAACAUCCUCAUCAUCCACUGCUCCGCACUUCCUGUUCCGGCAGGAAGUGGAGAACCCGGGCGCUCAGUCACAUGGGCCAUUGAUCUCUGCAGGCAUGGGGUAUUCCAGAAUCGUCCAGUGGAGGGUGAUGGAAGAGAGGGCAGGCACAGGAUGGAGGGAGGAUAAUGAGGAGUCUUAGUGCGUGCAUGUUUGUGUGUAUGUGUGUGAGACUAUGCCGCUAAUUAAAGACCAACUUAAUGUAAAAAUAACCAAAAAUAUUAACAAAAGGAAUCUGACUCGGAGAAACGGGUUCUUUUCUUUUUCCUUUCGUGUUGUUUUUAUAAAAUGUGCUUAAUUUUGUUUCCGUGUGUGUAACGCUGGAACGUCGGGGCUUUGAUCUUCUCAUGCGCUUUGUGUUCAACUUUAAUCUUUAAUCACAAAAAUGAAUAAUAAAUGAUAGAUUUAUGUUGUUAAUAUAUUCAGGGUGAUGAAAUGUAAAAUUAAAUAAUACUGUGAGUUUAGAGCGUAAAGUUUGUGUGUGUGUGUGUGUGUGUGAUUUAUGGCGUUUAAACAGUGCGUUCUAAUUUAAAUCUAAAGUAUCUUGCUAAGAUUCUGUUUAAACGCCAUGGAAAGUGGUUUAUUAGUGAAACGCUGACACCUGCUGGUGGAGGACAGAACUGCACUUGUUCACUUCAGCCCUAGUUCACUCCACUACUGUUUAUAACAAACCCUCGUCUCGUCCACUUCUCCUCCAAAGUGUAUAACCUUAGUGUAGAGUCACCUGAGUGUGCAUAUAAGAGAAUACACAUACAUUGUAUUUUAUAUAAAUCAAAUUUAUUGUUUAUAUUGUUAUUUAUUAGUUUCCUUAGCAACCCUCUAGCUACAUCCAACUGGGCUUAUACUGAAACCUGCUAGAAACACCAUAGCAACCCAAACGAUUAGCAUAGCAAUAACCUAGCAGCACCCUAGCAACCAACUGAGUUAGCAUAGCAGCAUAGCAUAAUCUUUAAACAUAUUUAAACAUUUUAACCUUUACAUAUUAUAAACUUUUAGACGUUUUAACUUUACACGCUUACCUGUAACACAUUUUAACAUUCUGAAAUCAAUCAAGUCAAUUAACAGCUUUUCUUAUCAGCUAGCAUGCUAAUUACCUGGUGAUACGUAAGCAAGAUGGAAGUGAGAGAGGGGAAGUGUUAAAAGCAGGAUUGGAACAGGGCCCAAUUCCUGAGGUGCACAAUGAGUUUAGUGCUUAAAAAGGUAAAUCUCGGUACCGUGUCGUUAUUAUUAUUAUUAUUAUUAUUAUUCACAGGAAGUUCAUGUCACUUCCUCUGUAGAUUAGUAUAAAUUGUAGAGCUCUCUGUGGGUUUAUUUAUUAGUUAAAUAUUUAAUAUUUGUUUAAUGUUUGUCUUUAAAACACACACACACACACACACACACACACACUGCUGUCUGUCUCUGUGGUCAGUGAUGCCACAGUGAUGAGGGAAGGGUUUUACUCCAGCAGGGGUGUCGCGCUCUCACACACUAACCUUCACAUGUUUUAGUACUUAUAUCUGUGUGUGCUCUUAUGUUGAAUCUGUGUCUCAAAUCAUCUAUCUAUAGUGCACUAGCCCUAAUUAGUGCAGUAGUGUGCUCACACCGGGAGACUCAGUGAGAUAGGGCACUAUUAACACUCGGAUACAGCGCUGUUACUGUAUGGAGCAGAUGGAAACUAGACAAUCAGAACAACAGAGAGCUUACACCAGGAACCAGUGACCACACAAGGGAUGGCAUUGUGCUGAGAGUGUGGAACGCCCAGGGGUCGCUUUCAUUUCCAAUUUAAUAAACUUUUCAACAGCGAGCUUUGCUGUUCUACUGGGUGAACAUUCAGUUCUGCAGAUGCUUCUUUUACUUCCUGCUGGAGAGUUGAUACUUUUCUGUGGACACGGAACUGUUGGGGACGGAGCUUGCUCUUCUGAAUGCCACUGAUCAUAUACAGUCUUUACAAAAUGUCAACCCUCUUACCAUUUUAAGUUCAAGUUUUUGGUUCCUCAGAUGGUUCUGGAACUCUUUGGUUUCUUGGACUUUUCCAGACCACUCUGGUUCCUCAGAUGGUUCUGGAACUCUUUGGUUUCUUGGACUUUUCCAGACCACUCUGGUUUCUCAGAUGGUUCUGGAAAUACUUGGUUCCUCAGACAGUUCCAACACUUUUGGCUUCUCAGGUGGUUCCAGAACUCCAUGGUUCUGGUUAAUGGUUCUGUUAAUGUUCUGUAACUCCAUUCUGAUCAGUUUCACAGAGUACUGAUUUGUUUUUAGUUCAAUUUAAACAAACCAAACCGAAUAACUGAAUCAGUCAUGUGUGUUUUAAAGAAAGGUUUUAGAGCUGUGUGAGUAAAACUGCCUUCACUUUCUCAGGAAUUAUAAAACAAUGCACUGAAACGAGUAUGUAAAUGAGAAUGCAAAUGAAUAUGCAAAUGAGUGGUGGAUAUUAUUUUUUGUUUAUUUUUGUGGAAUACAGAUGAUGAUAUUUGAAAUUCCUAAAUAAAUGAUUAGAGAAAUCUAUAUUAUAUAGAAUUAUAGUUUAUUACACAGAAGUGGUGAUAAUGAGGGAAUUAACAGAUAUCCUUAUCACUGUUAAUAAAGAGAAAUAACGACAUGGUUUUCUCUGGUGUAAACACACAUGGUCAAUAAACAGAGAAUAUUCUAGUAGAA